CAACAGAUUUCCAUAAUGGCUAUUUCAUUGGGCAGCAGCAGCAGCAGCCACUGCUGCUCUGAUCUGCCUACUCUCCUCGCAUUUUACUUGCGGUUGCAACGUGGCCCUUGUGGCAGCCAGCCGCACUGCCACUUCCGUCUGUGGAGUCCAAUGAGCAAACCAACGGAAUACGUUGUCGAGUUCGUCAUAGAUAGACGGACGAUCGAUGGCAAACGGGAGUACUACCUGAAAUGGCAGGGCUAUCCCGAAGACGAAAACACUUGGGAGCCAGUCGAGAACUUGGAGAAUUGCCCGGAAUUGGUGGCCGAUUGUGAUGCAAGGCUGGAGCGCCAGAUGAAUGAAAUGCGCGAAUUUCUGCAGCGCAAGAAAAUAGAACUUGAGGAAUACCGAAGGAAUACGAGUACAUAGAGGAAUUUACUUAAUAUUAUCAAUUAUUUUCUUUCUAAAAUGAUCACAUAUUUUCCUUCAAGGAUAGUGGCAACUGUACCUUUCAGUCAUCGACGAGCAAACUUCAGUUUCAAAACAAAUAAAGAAACCUCUCUAACCCGCAUGU